CAGAAGUCGAUUGGAAUAUUGAGCCCAGGAGUUUCUUUGGGGACGGCUGGAAGUGCAAUGUCUUCCAAGUUCUUCCUAAUGGCUUUGGCCAUAUUUUUCUCCUUUGCCCAGGUUGUAAUAGAAGCCAAUUCUUGGUGGUCGCUAGGUAUGAAUAACCCUGUUCAGAUGUCAGAAGUAUAUAUCAUAGGAGCGCAGCCUCUCUGCAGCCAACUGGCAGGACUUUCUCAAGGACAGAAGAAACUGUGCCACUUGUAUCAGGACCACAUGCAGUAUAUUGGAGAAGGCGCGAAGACGGGCAUCAAAGAAUGCCAGUACCAAUUCCGACAUCGAAGAUGGAACUGCAGCACUGUGGAUAACACCUCCGUGUUUGGCAGGGUUAUGCAGAUAGGCAGCCGAGAGACGGCCUUCACGUACGCGGUGAGCGCCGCGGGGGUGGUGAACGCCAUGAGCCGGGCCUGCCGCGAGGGCGAGCUGUCCACCUGCGGCUGCAGCCGCGCCGCGCGCCCCAAGGACCUGCCGCGGGACUGGCUCUGGGGCGGCUGCGGCGACAACAUCGACUACGGCUACCGCUUCGCCAAGGAGUUCGUGGACGCGCGCGAGCGGGAGCGCAUCCACGCCAAGGGCUCCUACGAGAGCGCGCGCAUCCUCAUGAACCUGCACAACAACGAGGCCGGACGCAGGACGGUGUACAACCUGGCUGAUGUGUCCUGCAAGUGCCAUGGAGUGUCGGGCUCAUGUAGCCUCAAGACAUGCUGGCUGCAGCUAGCAGACUUCCGCAAGGUGGGUGACGCUCUGAAGGAGAAGUAUGACAGUGCUGCGGCCAUGCGGCUCAACAGCCGGGGCAAGUUGGUGCAGGUCAACAGCCGCUUCAAUUCGCCCACCACGCAGGACCUGGUCUACAUAGACCCCAGCCCUGACUACUGUGUGCGCAAUGAGAGCACGGGCUCGCUGGGCACGCAGGGCCGCUUGUGCAACAAGACAUCCGAGGGUAUGGACGGCUGCGAGCUCAUGUGCUGCGGCCGUGGCUACGACCAGUUCAAGACCGUGCAGACCGAGCGCUGCCACUGCAAGUUCCACUGGUGCUGCUACGUCAAGUGCAAGAAGUGCACGGAGAUUGUGGACCAGUUCGUGUGCAAAUAG